AUGCGGACUCACACAGGGGAGAAACCCUACAGAUGUGAGGAGUGCAGCAAGCAGUUCAGUGAUAUGAGUGAUUUAAAAAGUCAUAUGCGGACUCACACAGGGGAGAAACCCUACAGGUGUGAGGAGUGCAGCAAGCAGUUCAGUCAGCUGAGCGAUCUGAAGAGACACAUGCGCACUCACACAGGGGAGAAACCCUACAAGUGUGAGGAGUGCAACAGGCAGUUCAGUCAGCUUCGCCUUCUGAAAAGGCACAUGCAAACUCACACAGGCCAGAAACCUUACAAGUGUGAGGAGUGUAGCAAGCUAUUUAGCAGGCCAGAUGAACUAAAGAAGCAUAUGCAAACUCACACAGGUGAGAAACCCUACAGGUGUGAGGAGUGCAGCAGGCAGUUCAGUCAGCUGGUUCAUCUAAAGGGACACAUGCGGACUCACACAGGGGAGAAACCCUACAGGUGUGAGGAGUGCAGCAGGCAGUUCAGUAGGCUGGAUAAUCUUAUCGGACACAUGCGGACUCACACAGGGCAGAAACCCUACAGGUGUGAAGAGUGCAGCAAGCAGUUCAGUCGGCUUGGUUAUCUAAAGGCUCACAUUCGGACUCACACAGAGGAGAAACCUUACAAGUGUGAGGAGUGUAGAAAACAGUUCAGUGAGCUAGGUAGUCUGAAGAAACACAUGCGGACUCACACAGGGGAGAAACCGUAUGGGUGUGAGGAGUGCAACAGGCAGUUCAGUGCACACAGUAGUCUUAGAAGACACAUGCAAACUCACAAAAAAGAAAGCUGAGGACCAGGAGUGUGAAAUAGGGAUAAUAGUCAUAUAGCAAAUUUUAAAGAUUACCUGCAAACAUGGCCUAUUUGUCAAUUAACCUUUUUUUACACAUUUGCUUACUAGUUUGGACAUUGAAUUGCCAGCUUUCUGAUGAUAACUUCAUGACAGAAAUAAAUGUGCUUUACUUUAAAGGUACAUUUGUAUUGUUGUAAUCGUCUUGCUAAGAAAGGUAUUACUUUUAUUUUUUCAGUUCUUAUCUGAAGUUCCCAACCUUAGCUUAGUGUAAAGAAAGGUAUAACGGAAGAGGUUCUUUUAACUUAUCAAACUUUUUUUGUUAUUGCGCAUGCCCUUUUGUAAAAUGGCAAGUUGGCCAUUUAGUGUUAACUGUUCAAGUUACACACAUCUUAUUAUCUAU